GUCGUCAGUGGCGGCGCUCUGGAUCAAAGGCUCGUUUGGCUCCUUGGUUUUAUGGUCCUGUUCUGAGCGCAGUCUGCUCUCGGUCUCCACGGACGCUCCUCUGUCUGGAUAGCGCGUCUCUAUUUUUUUGUUAUUCCUUCUUUGGAUUAUAUUCAUCUGAUGGUUUUCAACUCCAACUCGAUGCAUAGAAAUGGGUAAACUGCACUCGAAACAUGCUGCUAUUUGUAAACCGCGGGAGAGUCCAGAAGGCGACAGUUUUGUAGUGAAUGCCUGUUUGGCGAGGAAGGGAAUCGAUGACUGGCUCGUGAAGCAGAAAUACUACUGCACGAGCUCGCGCCUCGAGCAACAGGACUGUCACCACAAGAAUAACUGCGGGUUAACUGCACGGGACUCCAUGGAUGAAGCAUGUGCUGAGGGGAUUGGCAAUGAACACUAUCGUUUAGAAGUGGCUUUACCCCCGGAGAAGACAGACAGCUGCUGUGUGGAGGAGAAGAUGCAGGAGAGGGACAGCCAAUCUCCCGCAGGGCCACAGAAACAGCUCCAGUUUGAAGAGUUGGAGUGCGCUGUGUCUGUGGAGGAGGAUAACAGGCAGGAGUGGACCUUCACCCUCUACGACUUUGACAACAGCGGCAAAGUUACGCGAGAGGAUAUCACCAGCCUGCUGCACACCAUCUACGAGGUUGUCGACGCUUCAGUCAACCAUUCUCCUGGCAGCAGCAAGACAUUACGUGUCAAGCUCUCUGUGGCUCCUGACUCCAGCCAGCGGUGGAGGAGCUGCACGCAGGGUGCCACAGACUUACCCCACCCAAGAGAGAAAAAUGACAAGUGCAUUGAAGACCCCAAGAGUGCAGAGAAGAAGUCUCGAGCACUCCUAAGGCGCCACCACAGUGACCACCACACCCAGCCUGGCUGCCAGCGCCACUGUGUGGAUGAGAACCUGGAACGCAGGAACCACUACUUGGACCUGGCAGGCAUCGAAAACUACACGUCCCGCUUCGGAGCCGCCCCUGCUGCAGAGAUGACUAAAGCAGAGCCUCAGGCCAGGUCAUCUAACCAGACUCGUUCUCGCUCCCAUGAACCAGAAAAUGGUCACUCCCAUCCCCAUCACCGCCGCUUACAGACUGUUGUGGACACCGUUGCUCCAGACAACCUCCACUCUGCCCGGCUGCGAGGCCAAGACUCAGGGAAACAUGCCCUCCGUUCUCCAAAGACACACAGCCGUACACCUCCUGCGCAGAUCAAUGGCAGAGUGAUGAGGAGCCGAGGUAUUCCCCCUCCUCCAGCUCUACCCAGUCAGACUCCUCCUCAUCAGUCUACAGCUCCGUACCGCAAACACAAGCAACGAUCCAAAGAGAGCCAGGGCUACCGAGCCUUAGGCCCUCUACCAGCACCUGGGCCAGUGGUGGAGAAGGAGCAGGUGAGGGACCUACCUAGCGUGCUGCUCUAUGAGGGGGGUCUGGCGCAAGUUGUGCAGCGGCAUGAGCAUCACCAUCACCACGAACACCAUCACCACUACCACCAUUUUUACCAGUCCUGAAUUUCCAUCCUGCCUGGAACAGCUCAGCACUCCUGUAAGGCCACAAAACCCAUCCCGGUCAGCAGACACAGAGUGCAGGCUGCUCCCUCCUAAAACUCUGGGCAGUUACCCAUGUAGUGGCAUGCUGAUAGACAUUGAGGUGGAGAGGAGGAUCAUGGGACGGGUGCACAUACUGACAUGUUGUUAAUCAGUAUUAUUAAAGAGGUUGCCAAACAUAGAGAAGGUUGGGUAUGCAGCAGGAGGCCACAGUACAGUAAUAUAAGACUAAGGAGCUUGAGGGUGGGGGGUUGAGAGGAAGCAAAGAGGAGCUGCUCACUUGUUCCUCUCGCCCUGGUUCUCUGAUCCUCUACUGGAUGAACUGUACAACUCCAAACCAGCACCACAAUCCUUCCAGACCACUAAGCCAAAAGGUUUUCAAGGAAAAGAGGGACAAGAGGAAGAGAGACAUUAAGAUGAAAACAUAUGAAGGAAUUUAAGUGAUUGCAGAGCAGGGUGCAGUGUGUGUGUGUGUGUGAGAGCGAAAUUUUGUGUGAAUGCAUGGGUAAACAAGGGUCUGCGUGUGCGUGUGUCUGAGUGUCACAACACCGCUGUCUGCUGAAAACCACUUGAAGUGCACUCGUUUGUGUGUGAGUAUUUAAUGUAGGCUGUAGAGAUGAUUAUGAAGAUUCUGAUUUAAGCAUACAACGCCCCGUCAGCAAAAAUGGGAAGGAAAAUGUUGAAAUGUUCUAAAGUGAAAAAGAAGAGCGAUCCUAAAUCCGCUGCUACCUCCAAUUUUAUCCUAAUUGUUGUUGUAAAGGUGACUUUGACUAAGUAUUCAGAGGUUAUUUUCAAUGUACUUAAACAUUUUUGUCACAAUCUGCAGUACUGAAAUGUUGAAUAGCUCCUUACAUUUAUUAACUAACAUUUGCUGUACAUAAAGUAAAUAUUGUUGUCAAUUUUAUAAGCUUUAUUGAUAAUGUGAUAUCUUUGUAUUCACUAUCUGAAGCUCUGUGUUUUCCUUCACAACUGCAUUUUUAUUAAGACCACUAGCAGCCUCAUUUUUUCUAUCAAACUCUGUUAGUGAUCCAGUGUCACACACUCCUUCACACUGACUUUCAACUCUCACCCAAAUGUAACCUGUAAUUAUGGCAAGUGACUAAAAUCCUAACCCUCAACAGUGCUGUUCAGAAGCUCCAACUCAUGACACAAGCAAAACUGAGUUGCCAGUGUUUUUAAAAUGUUAUGUUAUGUUAUUUUAUGUUAUGUCCUGUGAUUUUUUUCAGACAGCAGUUAGCUUUUAGAAUAUAUCUGGUGUAAAGAUCUUGAUGCGCUCCAAGAAGCUCUUUCUUUAUUUAAAUAUUUAAAAUGUUAGAGAUAAAUCACAUAGCUUUAGUGGCAUGUUUGCAUAAAUUGAAACCUUGUUACCAGCACAAGGUGGGUGUGUUCAUUCAUCACUGUGCAGUGUGGCCUUUAACAAGGCUUAUUUACAGUUUAUUAUUUAUGCAGCAAAAAUGCUUUGCUGAGCAUGCAUGCAAUAUUUCCGAAGUGUUGUGUUUCGGCUAUUAGCAGAGACACAUAUUCACACUCCCAGAAUUUGUCCACAGUUUUGCGCACUCUGGUUUUCUGUUUCCAAGUCUAGUUCUUUCCCCAAUUGGUAGCAGCUUUGUCAUCCUUGCCCAGGGUCACACGGCUUCUCCCUCUGUUUCCAUGGCAUCUUCCUGUCCCUCAGCUGUCAGCAGGUCUUUCACCGUGCCGCCAUGUGGCCUCAGCGCUCAGCCAACAAGGCUCUGUUUGUGGUGCUCUUUCAGCUGUCUCAUUCCUCUGGUGCUGGAUGACAUGGGGCCCUGCAGUCUCCACUGCAGCCAUAAUUCACCGCUCACUGCUGCUGUCCUGCCAGCACCGGGACUGUCUAUUCAUAUUGUCCCCUGAUGCUCGAGGGGACUAGCAUCACCAUACCUGUGCCAUCUCAGCUCUGACAGAAGCAGUAACCUACUAGCUGCUGGUAUGAGAGUGCUGAUUUCCUUAAUUCUAGGCAAGCACUUUUCAGUGUCACACUGAAAAGAACUUGCCCCUGUGCAGCUGUAGUUUUCUGUGUUUAAGUGCCUUGUGCAAUGGAAAUCUACAUUCAGAGGAAGGGCGUUUUCACCAUAUGGCUUUUGCAAAUCAGGCCCCAGGGCUCAUAAUUGUCCACAAUGCAUCCACUUGAAGUACAUUGAAAGGAUUGUUUUUGAUUGUCUUAGUUUGUCGUAAGGGUGUGUGUGUGUGAUUGUAAUACACAGGAAUGCAGCGUAUGCCAGUCUUGCCCUUAGCCCUGUGGUGUUGUCUCACAGCUGUAGCCUGUUUUCAGCAGAAGCACCGGUCAGACGGGCCAUCUCGUGGGACCUGGUGGCAAUGACGGCCUCAUUUUCAGGCUGGGGUCACAGCUGUGCUCCAUGCCUUAGCUUUCUCACCUCUUACUGUUUUUCCUAGAUAAAAAGUCAUUUCUACUGGAGCCCUCUCAGCGCUGUAGGUUUGUAGAUACUAGUUUCCAAAUACGAGUGUGAAAAUGGUUCUCCUGUGGUAAUGGACAGUGAGCAGGCGACUGUAGGGUGGUCUCAUUUGUCAUGGUGGACGAGAGCUUCUGAAGGAAUUUGAGUGACUCAGACCAAAAGCCAGGUUGGAAUUUUUAAAAUUUCUUUUAACCCUGAAAGUGUUUGACUGAACACACAGAGCUCUCUCUUCAUUUGAAUUUUUUUAAUGCCCUGCUUCACAUUCAUAGACUAACCUUCACUAAAAACCUCAAAUGUUCUUGAUAGCGUGUGCCUCAACAGCAUUUGUUAAGGGUUGGGAAAGCAGUUGCGUUUCUGGUUUGUCGAGCAGACUUUCUUUGAGGGAGCGUACCUCAACCUCUAAGAAAACCUUGUGUUCUUACAACCUCCCUCUCUAACCAGCACUGUUGCUAUCCCUAUUGUUUCUUUUAUCACACCAAGGUAACGGAGUUAUAUUUUGUGAGGAAGAAAACUCAGAUUUUUUGUUGUUGUUUCGUUUCUUAGCAGCCAAGUCCUCAGCUGUCCCUCAAAAUCUAACAAAAUGUAUUUUUUAUUACUCUUUUUGGCAGAUUGUUAUGUGGGCAUGAGUGUAACAUGAAUUUCAAUGUAUGAAUGCCGCUUUUCAAACAUAACAUUUUAAUCUGUGUCACACAAACUGCUUUUGAUGCACCUACUUUGGUCCUGUUGAACUGUCAGUAUUCUGAGUCACAGUAGUAUCUAAUGCACCAGUAAUUUGCUUUAUAAGAUUUAUGUAUCAUCACUGUUUUUAACCUGAUGUAUAUAUUGGACUGCAGAAAGGUUAAACCAGCAUCAUAUAUAAAGAUAGGGUUUUUUAUAGUUAAAUUACUGUCAAGGUUUUUCAUUUUCCUGCUGUCCCAUAGUAUCCACAGUGACCGUCCCACUUAUCUGGAAGGAAAUCUGUCUGUUCACCCACAGAGAUAUACACUUUCACUUGCUGUUUGCUGUAAACCUGUUUAGCUCUAGCUGUCUUUUCGCAUCUUCCAUGGUCAUCUAAUGUUUUUUUUCUAUUUCCAUGACAUUUAGUUUAUAUUAGAUUGUAUUUGAUUAAUUGCUUUAUUUAUUUGAUAGCAGAUCUGUGCCAAGGGAAAAUACCCUUUUAUUAAAGUAUGAACCUGUUCCUAUUAAA